GCGGCGAAGGGCGAGCGAGCAUCGCUCCGGAGGGGACGCGGCGGGCCAGAAGUCUGGGAGGGAGCCGCACCGUUCCCCGGACCCUCCCCCGCGGCGACCGUGAUGCUGCAGAUCUGGCGGGAGCUCCGGGCCGCCGCCGCUGUGCUCUCUGCUCCGGAGACCCCCGGCGCCCUCCUUCUUCGGGGAAAACGACCACGGCUAUAGCUCGUGACUUGCCUGCCGGUUGCUUCCCGUAGAAAGGAAUCCUUGAAAAAGUUGCCUUUUCCAAAAUCCUUGUGCUGACCUUUGGGGCCGUGCGGGCCGAAGCCGCGGUGCGUGCGUGUGCAAGCCAGAAAGACACAAAAAGGUGUGUGUGUGUGCAUGGGGCCCCGGCCGUGCGGGGACCCUCGGCAGCAGCUUCGCCCCGCGGAGUCCUGAGGCUUCGGCCCCCGUCCCCGUCCCCGGGACGCUGGGGCUGCGAUGAGCCCCUGUGGGCGCGCCCGGCGACAGACGUCCAGAGGGGCCAUGGCCGUCCUGGGGUGGAAGUUCCCGCGCACCCGGCUGCCCGUGGGGGCCAGCGCCCUCUGCGUGGUGGUCCUCUGUUGGCUCUACGUCUUCCCUGUCUACCGGCUGCCGGACGAGAAGGAGAUCGUACAGGGAGUGCUGCAGCAGGGCACGGCGUGGAGAAGGAACCGGACGGCGGCCCGGCUCUUCAGGAAACAAAUGGAAGACUGCUGCGACCCCGCCCAUCUCUUUGCUAUGACUAAAACGAAUUCCCCCAUGGGGAAGAGCAUGUGGUAUGACGGGGAGUUCUUAUACUCAUUCACCAUUGAUAAUGCAACGUACUCUCUCUUCCCUCAGGCAACCCCCUUCCAGCUGCCAUUGAAGAAAUGCGCGGUGGUGGGAAAUGGUGGGAUUCUGAAGAAGAGUGGCUGUGGCCGGCAAAUAGAUGCAGCAAAUUUUGUCAUGCGAUGCAACCUUCCUCCUUUGUCAAGUGAAUACACUAAAGAUGUUGGAUCCAAAAGUCAUUUGGUGACAGCUAAUCCCAGCAUAAUUCGGCAAAGGUUUCAGAAUCUCCUCUGGUCCAGAAAGACAUUCGUGGACAACAUGAAAAUCUACAACCACAGUUACAUCUACAUGCCCGCCUUUUCUAUGAAGACGGGAACAGAGCCAUCCCUCCGGGUUUAUUAUACACUGUCAGAUGUUGGUGCCAAUCAAACAGUGCUUUUUGCCAACCCCAACUUUCUGCGUAGCAUUGGAAAGUUCUGGAAAAGUAGGGGAAUCCAUGCCAAGCGCCUGUCCACAGGACUCUUCCUAGUGAGUGCAGCCCUGGGCCUCUGCGAAGAGGUAGCCAUUUAUGGCUUCUGGCCCUUCUCCGUGAACAUGCGUGAGCAGCCCAUCAGUCAUCACUACUACGAUAAUGUCCUGCCCUUUUCUGGCUUCCACGCCAUGCCAGAGGAGUUUCUCCAGCUCUGGUACCUUCAUAAAAUUGGUGCAUUGAGAAUGCAGCUAGAUCCAUGCGAGGAGCCUGCCCUCCAGUCCACUUCCUAGGGACAGUGGAAGAAGGGAGGACUGAGCCAGGGUAUUUGUUUCGCAAAGGGCAACGAUUAGGUUGGGUCCAUAUGUGCCACUUGGACAGAUGAGAAAGGAACAAGAGAAACUCAAGCAGAACGUUACUUUUAAUGUUGGCUUGGAAAACAAAUAAGAAGUGAAACGUUCUGUGAAACAGUUUGUAGCACAUGGUGGAUUUGUGACUAGGAGAUCCCCAUGAGGAUGCUGGCAAAGCACAUUUGUAGGAUUCAAAUCUAGAAGAUGCAAUUGAAAAACAAGAUGAACGCUAGCUGUUGAGACUGACGAUCUAAACAAGAUACAAUAUAGAAAAUGCCAGGGCAAAAAGAGUGUUGCCAAUUAUCAACACAAAUUGGCCUAAUGAUAAUUCAAAAAGAACUCUUAUUAAGACUGGUAUUAGGACUGUAGUUUUAAAAAUUAUUAUUUAUUUUUGCCCUAUUUAGGGGCAGAGGGUGGGUGAUGGGGUAGAUUUUUUUAAAGCCCUUAUUGAAUAAUAAGGAUACAAAACAAUACAGCUGAUCAUUGUGAUUUGUUGAACCAAAUCUGUGUUAACUGUAGCUCCCCUGUGUUUCUAAAAUUUUAAGUAAGAAUGGCUUCUCCCUUUUCUGUCAAGUCUGCUUGGAUGAUGUGAAGCAGUGUUGAAUUUAGACUGUGUUGAUUCAUUGUCUGGGUAACAUGAGCCACUUUUCCUCCUCAGCAUUAGGGUAUAAACUCAAUUUUAGGUCUGCAUUAUGGAAAUCUGUUUGCAGUGUUAUUAUUAUUUUAGUGCAGAAAGACUACAAAUGUAAGUGCAUUAUUGAUUUGUAAAUGAGCAUAAUUGUCUUCAAAACUUCAAUGCUCAGAGAUGAAGUAAAGCACAAUGAGACAAGGCCGAGUCUCUGCAGAAGACAGACCAAAAGGCAAAUUAUUUUUCCAUGUAAGGUGGCACUCACACCAAGAUAAAUCCUGUGCACACAGAUGCAUAUAGACGUGUACACACACAUUAUACAAAGGUAAAUAAAUAAAGCUCCUUCUCGUGUAUCCAUGAAAGCUGAACCCAGAUGACCUGCUAUAUAGCAAAACUCUAUAAUCUGUGUCGGGCAGCUGCUGUGCAUUAUGUAGUAUACCUUACAUGUUAAUAUAGGACAAAUCAGCUUAGUGAUUGCUGCUCAUAAUGUUCAUACCAGCAUGAGAUGCGAGGCUGACCCCCAAAUGCUUAAUCCAGAAUGAGCAGAAAUGUUUUAUUCAUUCUGGUUCCCACCAAAUCUGAUGAAUGGGCCUGGGAAGGAGCAUGGUCACACAAGUAAAAGAAUCUACUUUAGUAAUGCUUUCUUUCUUUCUUUAGCAUCAGGUAGGACUACUUAGGCAGCUUGGUUCAGCAGACUUGACACACAGAAGGAAAAUGCUGUUGACUGAUUAUAGUCAGCUAAAUGUUUUUACAUGUAAGAUAAAAAUAAAAGAACUCUCUCGUUCUCUUUGUGAGUUAGGUCAUCCUAUCCUACAAGGAGACACUAAAAUUCAUUAUUUGCUCAAGUGUCUUAAAAAGCAUUGGUAAACUGUACAGAAAUGUUCCCCAGUUUUGAUAGUAGAAAUGUAGUAUACCAGAGAGGUGAAGACUUGUGACAUUUUUUUUGUAGUGGAAUAAUUUAUGAGAUAUCAAGAUAACCAAGCCCUGUAUGAGUGGGGAAUUUCUAAAUGAAUGCUGAGAUGAUGUAGAAAUCAUCUUUUGUAAUGGUGAUUGGCUGGCAUAACACACAUUAUACUGAUACGUGGAAAGUUAAGAAUUUGAGAGUGACUCUUUGCAAACUGAGUUGCUAUUUUGAUCUUAUAUAGCAGCCAAAGUGUAAUGGAAGGUAUUAUAAAUGAACAUUGUAAAAUAUUUAUUCAUGCACAGCCCUCUUUUGAGUGUAUUUCCUCUAAUGAACUAUUAUUUGAUAUUUAAGAAAAGAAUACAUUUUACCAAUAUCUUCAUUAAAGUGUAAAAGGGCUACAAAAACAUAUACAUAAAUGAAUCAUCUGUCAGUCAAAUUAGUGCAUUAAUUUAUAAAAUUGUUAAAAGUAAUCAGUGAGCUCAUAAAGCCUGUAUGUCGUAGUUCCAUUAAAAAUGCUAUUUGGAGGUUUUACAUCGAAGUAUAAUUGCUGGGAUAGAUUUAUGAAGUAGAUUUAGUAGAUUUGUACAAUGUUUAGUCUAUACAUUUAAAAAUUGUAUUCUGAAAUACAAAAACAGCAAUGGCCAGUACAGUUAUAUUUGAUUGGACCUGUGCUUCUCAAUAAUUCCCUUGCCCUUUCUGAUGACACUGACAAUGUUUUGAGAUGUUUUUCACUGUCGUGACUUAAGGUCGCUUCUAGUUUAAUGCAGACUGCAUAGACAGAUCCUGCUAAAUAAGGUACAAUGCAUAGAUCAGGCCCUUCAGCAAAUAAUUACCUAGUCUAAGAGGUCUGUAGUACCAAGGUUGAAAAACCCUAGAUUAGACCAAAAUGAAAGGAUGACUAUUCUACAUUAAUCUUCACUGAAGUGUACACAUACAUGCCCACACCACAAAGUAUGGCUAUAAUUUAAUGUGAUUGUUUUCUUAGAGUAGAUUAUGGUUUGGUGUUACUUUAUAACGAUAAUACAUAGUUAUGCCAAACGUAUCCAUUUUUCUGUGCUCUCCAGAGAAGUCUGUGGUAUAUGUCUGUGUCUGUUUGUGUGUGUAACUGUGAAUAUGUCUGUAGUCUGAAGUUCUGCAUCUUUCUCCUCUGAAAUAUACUUGUUCCUAAGUAGGAACUUCUUGAGAAGUAUUCUAUAGAGUACUCUGGAAUUCGUUAAUUUUGUUUAUCUGAAAUUUGGACCUUUAGAAUUGGGUCUGGUACUUUCCAAAUUUGUUCGAUUUCAUUUUAAUAUUCUGUCUCUUUAAUAUUCAGCUCAGAGGACCUUUGGGUUGUAGUAGAUACAUUGAGUGAGAAACACUGAAUCACUUUCAGUCAUCUGCCAGGAGAGGACAUUCUCUCUACAUCAGACUACUUUUUUAAAUUGUGUGUGUGUGUGUGUGUGACAAAAAUUAAAUUGUUCUAUGAGUACAAAGGAAAGGAUGGAGAGAAUAGAAAUGAAUAUUCUGAUAGGACUUUUGAUUUAUUCCUACCAAUUUGAGAAUUGCAUUGAUUUUGAAGAUCACAAAUAAGGACAAUCUGUUAAUUUUAAUUACACCUCAGCAAAAUUACAAUAAGUGAAGGAUUAAAUCAGUCCAUAAGAAAGAAAAGUAACAUUUUAUAGGAAAGAUUUUUUUCUAUGAAAGAGGACUCGUUGGACACUAUGCUUUCUUUAGACUAUUUGUAACCAAAAGUUUAUGUGAAAUCGGGCAUCUAAACUGCAUAGUUCUCACAUAAGAAGCUUGGAAAGUGCUCAGACUAGAGUUUGACACUGUUUAGUUUACUUUUUCGCUGUUCGAACCAAGCUAGGAAAUAAAUGAUCCAGCGUGGCAGAUUUUUGGUCAGUACCCUUUGUUUGGUUUUGUGAUGUCUCAUACCCUUCUUUUUGGGGGGCUAACAUUUUGUUUAGACUAAAUAUAACUUGUACCUGUAGCAGUUUGGCCAUUGUGGCUUAAAAUGGAAAAUAACUGAAGAAAUCUGGGAUUCUAAAUGUGCCACUAAUGUUCUUGGAUUUGUCAGAAAGCUUUAUAAGAGUGCUGUAGCUGACCCAAAAUGGAAACACUAUCAAUAACACUUCUUUUUAGUAGCUAGGGUAGUUUUGUAACUCUAUUAUACCCAACCUCCUAUUUCUUUGGAAAGUCAGCCACCUAUAGUUCCUAAUUCCUAGGUUUGAAAAUAUCAACCUUGUGAAAUUUUUAGCAGACAAAUCUUUAUUAGGAGCCUUGAUGCCCCUCAGAAUCUGAGCUGGAAAAAUGAAGCCAGUCCACUGAAAACUUGAGCAACCAUUUAUCUUGUUGUACAAAUACUUUCUCCUUAGACCCAGAUAAUGUCUACUGUUUGUUUAUACAAUUCCAAAGAUCAAUAGCUGUGAGAUGUCUGUGGAAACUUGAGGACAAGCAUGUUGAGGAAUAAGGACAGAGAGUAAUUAGUGUGCUUUUUAUUUCUUUGUCUUCCCAGUAUAGAGAUUGACUUGCAGAUUAUAUGGCUUUGGUGAGAGCACACAUUGCACAUCAGAGAGAAAAAUGGGUUAACCAUUUCAAGGCCCCUGCAGUCUCUAUCAGCGCACAUAGUCAAAUCAGCAGUGAAUAUAACCGGUCCUUUUGCAAACUUAGUCCAGUGGUUGCGUGCUCAGGAGAGGGAGAGGCAAGUGGACAGGAAGAACAAAUCCAUCUCCAAACUGCUGCUUACUGAGGGUCUGAGCAAUCUUUACCCUUGUUGGUGGCCUUCCAGGACCCCCUGCAUCUGCCCUACCAGAGGAGCUGGCUUGGUUUGAAGGUUGAGCUAUGGACACUGACCAGAGGGCUGCUACGUACACUCAGAAGUUUAAGUUUUUACACUGCCUCCAACUAUUUUGCUUCAAGUUGUGUUCUCUAAAUUUGGUGUCCAUUGGCAGAGUCUGGUGAUCCAAACGUAAUUAUAGCCAUGCCAAGUGAGGAUGAAAAGUGGAAUUUUUUUUUUUUUUUACCUAGUUAGACAUUCUGAGUCCUUGAAACCAGGGAGGUGUAACAUAUUCAACCCAUUCCUAUGGAGCCUCUUUGAAAGUCCUGGAAACAAACUAGCUGGGAUUCUGAAGCCCAUAAUGCGUGUCUAUAAACUAAAAUUGCAAAGCCACAGUAUGUAGCUUGAUCAUCGUAAAAUUGCUGUUUUUUAAAACAGAAGGAGACUUGAAUCUAUAGGCAUUUUUCUUCCCAUUAUUAGAAAGUGGGUACUGUCGUCUCCUCAGUCCUGGCUCAUUUGCUGACAUUUUUAUGUAUACCUCAGAGGUGACAGAUUGAAACGCAUGCAUGAAUGCAAAGCUUAUUCAAACAACGUUGUUCAUCACUGCAAUAAAUAUAUAUUUUUGCUUACAUUCUUUGAUUUCCUUUUAUCUGGUGUCAGCAUUUGUGAUUUCCUUUAACACCUAAGGAAUAAAUAACAUAUUAUACAUUGACUUUUAAUAUCUGUGAGCAGUUGAGUAAUAGCAAAAGCCUUGGACUCUUUUUAAAGUACAAAAGAGAAAUUCUAUUUUAUGGGCACUUAUUUGCUUACCGUCUCUGUGUUCCUAUUGAUCUCUACGUUGUACUAAAACUCCUUACUAAUUUUACAUUUUGGUUGAAGCCAUGGGAUCUAAUCAAUGAUGCAAAGCUCUCUGGGAUUUUUAUAGAACAAUCCCCAAAUAUAUUGACUCUGUCUUUUCCUGCAUUUGUGUAAUUAGACUUUUUCAGAUACUUGUCAUUUUUAAAUGUAUGUUUCACACAGCUCCUAACACAGAGAAAAUCAGAAACUAGAUAAUGACUGUUUUUCUCUGCACAGCAAGAGAUACACAAGAUUGUGAUUUUUUUUUUUUUUUUUUUUUUUUUUUUGUCUUUUUCCUUUUUAUCGGUACUGGGGAUGUGACGACUGCCUGCUUGCAAGGCAGGCGCUUAUGCCGCUGAGCUAAAUCCCCACAAAAUUGUGAUUUUAAAAGGUUUAACGAAAGUAGCAGAAGAGAAAAUCAUGGUUUCCAUUAAAAAAGAUCUUUGGAGGGGUCUCAGAAGAGGUCCCUAAGCUGAGACAAAGGAAGAAGCUGUUGUCCUUGAAUAAAAUCCUAAGAAUGGAACCUUUUUUAAAUCCAAUCCUUAUCAAUAAGGAUAAAAAGAUGCCAGAGGGGCAGUGUAUGAGGCAAAUUGUGAGACACUCACAGAGAGGACAGGGAGGCACCUGUUACCCAUGUGUGGCCCCUGGCAGUCUCAGGACCCCGUUUCCUGCCCUUUUCCUUGUUGCUGAGCCUUGAGAAGUCAGCACCCCAUUUUCAUAUCCUAUUAGUGGCACUUGGGCACAUAGUUUCAAAGAUUCUUACCAAAUCCACUGUCAUGACACAAUGAUAGCAAGAACCUAUUUAUUUUUUAUUAAUUUUUUUUUUCUACCAGGAAUCAAACUCACGACCUCGCAUUUGCCAGGCAGGCCAUGUGCCACUGAGCUGUAACACCAGCUGAACCUGACCUUUUGAACAGAUUAUCGUGUGGUAUGCAUAACUGCAGGGCGCUUUAGUCUCCUGCCCCCACCAUUACACUAGUACAUCAGCUCUUGUGUUCAUUAUUAUGUAAUCAGGCUUACAUGUGUUUCCCCCUGUGUUCUAGAGUCCUGGAGGACACAUUUACGUGUUUGUGCAUGCAUGUACACAGACACACACACACACACACACACACACACACACACACACACACUUUAUGCCUAUGGAAAAGAGGUUGAUGGUUGAUUGUAGAAAGGUGGGAGUGGCAGAGGUGCCUUACCUUUGGCUUUGUUCCCAUCUCCUUCUGUCGUUCCUUCAUAUACCUGUGUCACUUUACAGAUGCAACCAUGUCUUAUCCGGGUUGUACCUUUAUCAUCAGCAAGAACUCUCGUACAUGUAGCAAACUUGACUAUUCCUUAGAAGUGCAUAGUGGUAGAUAGGACUUGGAGAAGUCUGAUAAUGUAAAUAUUCUUUGUGGAAGUGUCAUGACUGUCUGGUAAGAAGGUGCUUAGGUAAUAGCUAUAGGAGGACUCAUAGAUUAAGAAUAAUAGUUUCUCCAGCAAGUUGCAGCAUUCACAGAAGCAGAAAAUCAGUCUGUCACAGUUUCUCAUGCACUCAUAAACACCAAUAUUAUGGCUUCCUCAUGGGUGGAUCACUGAGACACUCCCCUCCUAAUGUACAGGACUCACAAUUUAGGGUGACAGAUGACUGCUAGAAUCUCUCAUGAUCAGAGACACUAGAGAAAAGGGGAGAGAACCGGUGAAUACAGCUCCACUGAUAUGUGUGGAAUAUUGUUAGAAGUCUAGUUAGCGUACAGUCUAGUUGGUGUAGAAAACAUCGGAAAAGAACUUUCUCUUUGGUCUCUUUAACUCCAUUAUUGCACAUUAUAUAUCAUCCUAUAUGUGCUUUUCCAGCAAAUUUUCAGAGGCUGGAGGUAAGAAGAUAAAACUCAAAUAAUAUUCAUUCUCAUUCGAUGUAAUCUGAUUUCCAAUCCAUAAAUGUAAUAAUUCUGGAGAAGACUUUAGGUUAGACUAUUAAGUUGAAAUCACCUUUGAAAUGUAUAUGAAAUUGCUUCUUCCUAUUGAGGCCAAACUCCAUGGAUGGGAAGUAUGGGGAAAAUCAAUGCUUUUUGUUUCUUUUUUUAGAUUUUCAUAUAAAAUGUGGCAGGUAAGAAAAAAGCUUUAAUUGGUACUUUUUAUAGUGUGACUUGAAAAAAAAUGUACCUAUCUCUGUUGGUUCUGCUGAAUUGUUUCUUUCCACAGAAUCUAAACUCAAUGUCAUAGGAGGAGGUUUGCUAUAAAAACAUGUCUUUUUCUUUGGUGUGUUCAUUGUAAUUAUGGCUGAGGGUAGAAGGUUCAGUGAGUCUUAAUUUCUCUACCUCCCUUACUUGGAGAAAAUUUGCAAAUGUACCCGGUGAAUAAAAUGAUUUUUUAAAAUAA